GUACCGUGCAGCCUUCCUGAAGAACACGUAUGUAGAGCAGUAAUAGAAGUGGUUUGUGCACAAAAUACGACGUCCUGUGCACAAUAAAGACGGUGCGCGAAGAAAGCGGUGUGCAGUUAUGUCCACCCUCAUGUACACUGGAUACACAGCGUUUCUGUUGCUGGUGACUUCGAUUCGAACUAUAUCAACAGCCCGGCCACACAUUGUUCUAAUCUUGGCUGAUGAUCUCGGCUGGAACGACGUAUCUUGGCACAAUCCUGAGAUGAAGACACCCAACCUGGAAGCCUUAGCGAAUGAGGGUGUUUUCUUGGAUCAGAACUACGUGCAGCCUGUUUGCACACCGACGAGAACAGCGCUGAUGACAGGAAUGUACCCAUACCACCUUGGCCGCCAGAACCACAUCCUGGAGCCCCUUGAACCGACUGGAGUGGCUUUAGGAGUACCCUUCCUUCCUGAAAAGUUACGAGACCUCGGCUAUGUCACGCACGCUGUUGGCAAGUGGCAUCUGGGAUACUGCAACUGGGCCUACACACCAACGUUCCGUGGCUUCGAUUCUUUCCUCGGUUUCUAUCUCGGCUCGCAAGACUAUUACGAGCACAAGAAAUACAUCAAAUCGACCCCUCUAAUUCCGGGUAUCGAUCAAAUGCUGCGUGUCGAAGAAGGAUACGACUUCAGGAAUAACACCAAAAUCGCUUGGGAAUAUCAGGACCAUUACUCUACAUACAUCUUCGCCGACACAGCUCGCAGUAUAUUGGCGACAUCGUCUCCAGAACAGCCCCUCUUCAUGUACCUUCCCUUCCAAGCCCCGCAUGCACCUCUGCAAGUUCCACAAAAGUACGAGGACCUCUACAGGAACAUUCAUGAUUCGGACCGACGCAAGUACUGUGGCAUGGUAACAGCCUUGGAUGACGCUGUUGGCGCAAUCGUAGAUGCCCUGAAGAACUACGGCUACUGGAACAACACGCUACUCGUCUUUCUCAGUGAUAAUGGUGGCCAGAUCUUAAACGGAGGCAACAACUGGCCAUUGCGUGGCAACAAGGGAACUCUCUGGGAAGGAGGGACAAGAGUUCCAGCUUUCGUAUCUGGGCCACUGCUUAAAAAACGGGGAUACACGAACCACAAGUUGAUUCACGCUGUCGAUUGGUUCCCAACGCUUGUGAAACUUGCCGGCGGAGACGUAGGUGGCCGAACAGACGGCGUGGACCAGUGGCGUGUAAUCAGCCAUGACGGCCCCGCAGCGAGGAAUGAGUUCGUGUAUAAUCUCUACGACCAUCACUACGUUUCCGGUGCACUGAGAGUAGGCGAUUACAAGCUCAUCCGGGGAUUUGGGGGUUAUCCCGACGGUUGGUACCCACCUCCCAAGUCGAAUGGUACCGGCCGUAGAUGCUACGAGACACCAAAGAAUCGUUUGGCUCUCUACAAUGUCAGAGUUGAUCCAGAAGAGCGACAUGACUUGGCUGCGGAACUUCCGGACAUCGUGCAAAAACUACAGCACCAGCUGUUAGCCCACGCGCGAACUAUGGUUCCCGCGGAUGACCCACCUCAAGACCCAAGUGGAGAUCCAGACUUAUGGGGUGGGGUGUUUUCUCCCGGAUGGUGCCAUGCGCACUGACUUGGCAUGUUAAACGACUGUGUUCACUAAACGUGCACCAUCAUUACAUGUACGCUGCUGCUAGCACUCCAGAGACGCAUUUAAUUUUGUCAAUCGACGCAAUACAUACCAUUCUGAGCAUAUAAAUAAGAACAGUGACUUUACAAGCCUUUAAUAAAUCCGGAUACAUUCCUAAA